UUUUCUUUUUUAAAAAUGGAUGGUUUCGGUGAUAGUUUUGUCAAUCAGCCUGAGGUGGACCCAGCAGCGGAGUUUCUAGCCCGCGAACAGAACCAGUUGGCCGGAUUAGAGGAUGAAUUGGAGACCACCAUUCCGCCCCCUAUUUCUUCUACCAACGACAUGGUAGACGACUUUGUGGAAGUCCCUCCUGCUUCAACAUUUGAAUCCAAUGGGGGUAUAGAACUCGAGUCAGAGCCAACUUCAGUAUUCAGACAAGAGAGAGAAGAGCCAGAGAAGAUCCGCAUCUGGCGGGAGGAACAGAAAAAGAGAUUGGAAGAAAAGGAUGCUGAAGAAGAAAAAAAGAAAGAAGAAAUGUUGAAAAUUGCAAAGAAAGAACUAGAAGAUUGGUACAAGACUCAUGAGGAAACCAUUGCCAAAACCAAGGCUGCUAACAGGGAGUCCGCUAAGAACGCGGAAAGAGCAUUAGCGCGAGGUUCGGAAGGCGGCAAUGUGGAGAACGGUAAUGAGUGGGCUCGCGUGGCUGAGCUAUGCGACUUCGGACCAAGACGCGGCCGCGACGUAGCGCGUCUCCGGUCUAUUGUCCUUCAACUGAAACAGGCACAAGUGCGCCCCAAGUACCCUCCACGCACUACGAAAGUAGCAUAAAUCAACAAGAGUCGAGAUAGCCUGAUAAUAAUAUGAUAAGCAAAUGUCAGUCUUAUGGAAGAUCACUUACAACUAUGUAUAAAAACUAUAAUAAUGUUAAAAUGUUAAAAUAAUUAGAAUGUUUAUACAUGAUAAUAAUGUACGUCAGGUGGAUAUAAGU